GCCAAAAAAAAAAAAAAAAAAGGAAUGUGACGAAUGCGAUAUUGGCGUUCUCCAUCUGUAUGUUUCUGCAGAAACAAGUGACAAUAAAAACUUUUUUCUUUUCUGUGUGAUGAUAUUUUUACCAUAUAAUAGAUCUGAGACUUUUCCCAAAUUCUGAGAAUUACAUUUUUCAAUUUCCUCUUUGAAAGUUAUCUUCUUUAUGCUCUCGUUGCUCAUUUGCUCAAUCUAAGGUUUCCCCUUUGGUUUUUGAUUUCGUGCUUUUCUCCUCCAUUUCUGAUGCCAUUUCACCUUUGAGUUUUUUUUUGUUUUUUUUAUUGUCAAAAACAUAAAAUAAAGGUUCUUUGUGUGAUUCUCUUAGAGAAUUUGGGAACUUUGAUCUGUAUCUCUUGCCCGUAGAUUUAGGUUUCUGAUUUGAUGAAUUUGUGGGUCUACGUACUCCUCCUCUUCUCUGCGGUAGCUGGAUUAUGCGUACCUUCUGGGUUCGCUUACGUUGACGUUUGCGAUCACGAAUUCGUGGUGUUCCGAUCCGGAAUUGAGCAGAAAUGUCCUCGCUCUCUCUAUCCGAGCCCUCCUGUCGAGGUAGAUGGAGACUUGCUAGACAGACUCAUGGAUGCAAACCAUGGAAAUGUAUAUACAUCCAUACUGUUUUAUGCCAAGCGGUGCCCGAAUUCACGUGCAGUACACCCGAAGUUUGAUGUUCUGAGUUCAAUGUUUCCUCACAUAAAGCACCUGGUUGUUGAGCAAUCUCAGGCUUUACCAUCUGUCUUUUCUAGGUAUGGUAUUCAUAGCUUGCCCUCAAUCCUGAUGGUGAAUCAGAAUGUGAAGGUGCGAUACCAGGGUCAAAAAGAUCUUAAAUCCCUGAUUCAGUUUUACAAGGAUACAACAGGUCUUAAACCUGUCCAGUAUGUGGAUGAAGGUGAACCAGCAAGCUUGGAAACUGAUGGAAACCUGAUCACAUGGCUACUCAACGGGUCAUCUGUCAAAGAAAUAGCAGAAAGAGAGCCAUACAUGGUACUUGCACUGAUGUUUCUGGCUCUGAAACUGGCAAUUUUAAUCUUCCCCAUCAUGGGAUCGCGCUUGAAAACAUUAUGGGCACUGUAUGUACCGCAUCUGAGCUUGGGAAUACUUAGGGAGACUAGCCAGCUGUUUGGUCGUGCCCUGCACAUGAUGGACGUGAGGAGGCUAUGGAUGAAACUGAGACUCACCAAAACAAGAAACUUCCAAGAAAGGGCAAAGAACGCACUUGCAUCGGUCUCACUAGGGAAAUCUUCAUCACAAUCAGCCUAAAAGGGUGAUUGAGAGAUCCUUCAUUGUCAAUGAGCUUAGUGUAGAUUACUUUACUGUCUGUGAGAGAUCCUUUGACUGACAAGUCUGACAUGUUUCUAUAACUUUGGAGUUCCUCUGUGUCUGUGUAUGUAAAUCAUGUUUUGCAUCUUUUGUGUAUAUUUGUCUUCCAUUUUUGAAUAUUCUUGUUCCUGGUCCACUUCGUUUUGCAAACAAUUUGUUUUACGUA